AUGGCCCCCACACUCACAGCCCUGCUCUGUCUCGGGCUGAGUCUGGGCUCCAGGACCCAAGCACAGACAAGGACCCUCUCCAGACCCACUGUCUGGGCUGCGCCAGGCUCUGUGAUACCUUGGGGGACAUCUGUGACCAUCUGGUGUCAGGGGAGCCUGGAGGCCCAGGAGUACCGCCUGCAUAAAGAGGGGAAGUUAGAGACCUGGGACAGACAGAAGCCACUGGAAUCCAAAGACAAGGUCAAAUUCCCCAUCGCACACAUGACAGAUGUACAUGCAGGAAGAUACCGCUGUGACUAUCUCAGUCCCACCAGCUGGUCAGAGCCCAGUGACCCCCUGGAGCUGGUGGUGGUGACAGGAUCCCAGGGCAAACCCAGCCUCUCAGCCCUGCCCAGCCCUGUCGUGACCUCAGGAGGGAACGUGACCCUCCAGUGUGCCUCAUGGAUGGGAUUCCACAGGUUUGUCCUGAUGAAGGAAGGAGAAGGUCAGCCCUCCUGGACCCUGGUCUCCAGGCCAGCCCCCCAUGGGGGGACCCAGGCCCUGUUCCCUGUGGGCCCCGUGACCCCCAGCCUCAGGUGGACGUUCCGAUGCUACGGCUAUUACAGCAACACCCCCCAGGUGUGGUCGGACCCCAGUGACCCCCUGGAGCUGCUGGUCUCAGGUGUGUCGGAGAAGCCCUCCCUCCUGACCCAGCAGGACCCUGUCGUGACCUCUGGACAGAGGCUGACCCUCCAGUGUCACUCUGAUGUCGGCUACAACAGAUUCGCUCUGUCCAAGGAGGGGGCACCUGACCUUCCACGGCGGCUUGGCCGGCAGACCCAGCCUGGGCUCUCCAGGGCAAACUUCUACCUGGGCCUGGUGAGACCCUCCCACGGGGGCCGGUACACGUGCUACGGUGGACAUAACCUCUCCUCCGAGUGGUCGGCCCCCAGUGACCCCCUGGACAUCCUGCUCGCAGGACAGCUGCCCUACACACCCUCCCUCUCGGUGCAGCCGGGACCCACGGUCGCCCCAGGAGAGAAUGUGACCCUGCUGUGUCAGUCACAGAGCUCUGUGGACACUUUCCUUCUGUCCAAGGAGGGGGCAGCCGAUCCCCCCUUGCGUCUUCGAUCACAGUACCAAGCUGGGCAGCACCAGGCUGAAUUCCCCAUGAGUCCUGUGACCUCAGCCCACGGGGGGACCUACAGGUGCUACGGCUCCACCAGCACCUCCCCCUACCUGUUGUCCCAGCCCAGUGACCCCCUGGAGCUCCUGGUCUCAGGUGAGAGAGGGCUCACGGGGAAGCCCCCCAGUAGGUGCUCAGUGAAAUGGCAUCACUGUCUCAUUCAUGGUGUGGCUCGUGCACAAGGUCCCCACUGGUACCUGUACAUCCUCAUCGGGGCCUCGGUGGCCUUCGUCCUGCUGCUUGGCCUCCUUGUCUUUCUUCCAGUCCAGCACCAGUGUCAGGGCAAAGGCAGGAAGCCAGGGGCUGCAGACCCGGAGCCCCAGGACAGAGGCCUGCACGACAGCUCCAGCCCAGCCCCAGCCGCCCAGGAGGAGAGCCUCUAUGUUGCCAUGCAAGACAUUCAGCCUGAGGAGGGGGUGGAGCUGGACCAUCGGCAGAACACACAAGAUGAAGACCCCCAGGGACCAACGUACGCCCAGGUGAGCCGGUCAAGAUCAAGACUCAGCUGGGGACUGGCCACUUCUCCUUCCCCCGUGUCGGAGGGACUGUUGGACUCAGAGGACAGACAAGCAGAGGAAGACAGGCAGACGGACUGUCAGGUUACUGCGUCUGACACAUCCCGGGAUGUGACCUACGCCCAGCUGGAUCCCUUGGCCCUCAGAUAGGAGACAAGGGCAUCCCCUCCUUCCCAAUCAGGGGAGCCCCCAGCAGAGCCCAGUGUGUAUGCUGCUCUGACCAUCUGCUAGCCCAGGAGGGACCCAGACCUCACACUCCAGAGAGGGGGACCACAGGGACCCUGGAAGGCACAGGAUCUGCCCACAGUGGGUGCCACCUAAUGACCCUACCCAGCCUGGACUCCUCACAUGGACCAGUAAGAACUCCUGGGACCCUCUGGGAGUCACCAAUUCCGCCAUCAAAGAUAGUAAUACCCCUACACUUUGGAAAUCAAAGCAACAGACUUCUCAAUUACCCAUGGAUGAAAUGAGAAAAUCAAAAAGGAAACAAGAGAAUGUUUACACUGAAGGACAAUGUAAAUGUUAUACAUCAAACCAGUGAAAUGGGAAAAUUAAGAACCAAGUCAAUGAUC